UCAGUGACACGUAACUUCACAAAUUAAAUUUACUUUUUGUGACCUCUAAAUGCGAAAAUUUGCAAUGUUUUCCUAAUGUAUCCUUAAAGGACAUCAUAAUAAAAUGUCUGAUAAAGGUUUUGGUGAUCACAUAAACCGGAACAUAGUGAAAAAUCCAUUGUUAUCAUCCGCUGUUACUGGGCUCUCUAUCGAAGAUUUGACGCACAAUGCCGUGUUGUUGCCUGCCGUUCCUGCUCAAGAAAUGAGUAGCAGACAAGAUAAACAAACAGCGGAGCAAACAUGCACCCUGGGGGACGCCAACAGAAAUUUCCAGGGCGGUGAUGUCCAUUUCAACGCAGCCUUAUCGAACCUAACUCUAGAUGACGGUGCGAAUAAUAACCAGUUUCCAAAUGCAAACGCAACAAAGUCGAAGAAAGACGAUUUUGACGUGAACGAAUACUUCGCUAGGCUCCAAGGUACGAGGUAUGUGAGCGCACCGAUAAACACGACUCAAACGCUGCCGGAGACGCUCCCUGAAGAGAGUUUGGAGGAGAUAAACCUAAACGAAGAGAAACAAACAGACGAUGCGCAUAGUCUCACGUCAGAUAUCGCGCAGAACUUCUCCCAACUACCCACAGUUCUGCCGCAGGUCGCGAGCGUCGUGUUCAGCUCGUUUUCUAAUAUGUUGAACCUGAAAAGCAGAGAACAGACGCCCGAUGAGUAUAAUGUGAGAGAAGUUGCGAAGCCAGAGAUGGUACAACCAAAACCGGAGAUGUUUGCGCCCCCACCGGUAGAAGUAAAGGAGGUGGCACCACCGCCGUUGAAGGAACCGCCUGCUACAGGUUUACCAAAUUAUCGCAUCACAACGAAGAAGAAAGUGUAUGCGCAAAUCCCUGGUUUGAGCCAUGAAGCUCAGGGUUCUCACACAUUCCCAAUGGCGUCUCAAGCGCCGCCAACCUAUUUUCUACCAGAUGGUGGUCAUCAAGUAUUAUACCAACCAGCCAAUGCAACUGCGCCUGUAGCGAGCGAAGACAAUAGUCAAGACAGACAUACAAACACAGGAAUGUUGGGCCAUGAUAUCUCAAUUAAGCCUACAGAAAUACCAAGCGUUAUAGACUUUAGCAACCCUCAUGUUGAGGAUAAAAGAGAAUAUGAACAACAAGCAAAUGCGAUAAAAAUGCCGCCUUUCAGUUUACCGCCGCAACAAACGAAUUACAAUCCGACAACUCAGCAAACGUCCACUAGCUCACCGCCACAGCAAACGCCUUUUAGUUCACCACCACAGCAAACAUCAUUCAGCCUACAAACUCAGGAACCUACUAUCAAUCCUGCACUUAAGCAAACAGCACUACAGCAAAUGACAGCCAAUACAUCACCACAGACAACGCUCUUUACUUCACCACCACAGCAAACGGCUUUCAGUUCACCACCUCAGCAAACGCCUUUCAGUUCACUGCCACAGCAAACGCCGUUUAGUUCACCACCACAGCAAACGCCAUUCAGUUCAGCGACACAGCAUAUUGCUGUCAGUUCACUACCUCAGCAAACGCCGUUCAGUUCACCACCACAGCAAACGCCCUUUAGUUCACCACCGCAGCAAACGCCAUUCAGUUCACCACCACAGCAAACGUCCUUUAGUUCACCACCGCAGCAAACGCCACUCAGUUCACCACCGCAGCAAACGCCAUUCAGUUCACCACCGCAGCAAACGCCAUUCAGUUCCCAACCGCAGCAAACGCCAUUCAGUACAAAGACGCAGCCAAUGCCUUUUAGUUUCCCACCACAACAACCGCCUUUUAAUCCGCCACCUCAAUCCACCAAUUUACAAUCGCAGCAAACACCCUACAAUUUACCAUCGCAGCAAACGCCAGUGAUACCUCCACCGCCGAUGUUUUCUAACCAACAACGGAGGGACAGCCAAACGUCUGUAGAAAAAACUAUUCUUCCUCCAUCAGUUGCUAGGCGUAUUGCUGGAAGUCAACCAGUUAUGAAACAAAGUACUCCAUCGAAUAUAGAUAUGCAAAAUAUAUUUGUACCAAAUAUGGAUGUCAGUUCAUCAGACAACGUGGCUUUAAAUCAACACAAACAACCUCAACCGGCACAAAUGGAAUUAACUCAAAAUGAAGGACAAAAUGCUAGUGUCCCAGCAUUUUUCCAACCACAUCAACCUGGUAUAAAGAGUGCGAGUGGUUCGGAAAUUAAUACAAAUAACCCACAACCCAAUGCGAUGGAUAAAUUUGGAUGUGCAGAAUUAAAAUUAUCUCAAGAUGUUCAAAGCCAACCUAGCUCAGAAAUUUCGAAACCAGAUACUGCAUUGUUUUAUAAUCCCAAUAGUACUCCAGCGGGGACUGAUUCAAAACCAUAUAAUGCCGCACCAGACAAUUCAUUAGGUCAAUAUUUAUCUCAGAAUACUGCUCUCCCACCAAAUGAUCCGCCUAAACAAGUUGCAGAGCCUCCUAAAAUGACUAGCUCCAUAAACUUUAGAUUAAAUAAGAAAAGACCUCAGUACUAUGCGGGCCCGAUAGAAGGUGUUGGAAGUAUAAGUAAUAACGUUAAACCAAUAAUAAAUCCAGUGCAACCCUCGACAUUCCAAGGAUCACUGUUCACUCCCAAUGUGGAAGAACCAGUCGUGAACCCCGCGAGCAAUUACCCCGUAGCAGACCAAUCAAGCACUCCCUUUGAUAUAAGUCAAACGCCUGACACAUUUACGUCGUAUGAUUAUAACAAUCAGCAAGAUCAAACCCCAGUUUACAAUACACCGUUUGAUAUGAGCAGACCGACAACGGAAAGUGUAGAACAGAGUACGGAAUCAAAAGGAUUUGGAAUAAUUGGCUCUUUGAAAUCUAAACUUAGUUCUAUAGAUAUCAACAAAUUACAAAAUACGGUCACAACAUUUUUUGAUCCAGCAUAUAAUACGAAAGUGGAACAGAAAACCGGCUCAGAUAAUUUUGGCCAAUACCAAAGUGUUCCACAAUAUUCAGAGAAUGAUAGAAGUAUUGAAAUGUUUGUACCAACUGUUGAUCAAACACAAGGUUAUUAUCAAAACUACCAGGCUCCUGGUACAGAUUAUUACCAUCAGAACCAAAGAUAUCCCAAUGACCCAAACGUUCAAUAUCACAAUCAAGGUAAUUCAAUGACCAGUAACUAUUAUAACUGGUACGGUAACCAACCACAAGACAAUCUUGACAGUAUGUAUGGGAGUAAUGUGAACCAAAAUCAACAUUUGAUUUACCAAGAAAAUAUACAACAUACUGUCCCUACUCAGACAGGAGCCACUACUAUUCCAAGUGCCCCAAUUUUGGAAAGCAAUCCUGAUUCUAGUCACAUUAAUCAAGAUGGCUCUGGAACAUCCAAUUUUUUCAAGUCAAGCCCACAACAACAAAUUUUUGAAAAUAUUUCUUCGCCGCCGGCAAAUAAAAUCGAUCUCGGAUUUGAACCACUUGCAAAAACUUUGAACUCAAGUAUAUCGGAACAAGAUGUGGUCGGUAGAGUCACAGAAAUAUCAGAAAAUAAAUUUGAUUCACGUCAAAAUCAACCUAAUCAAGAAGCUGUAACAUUUUACAACUUUGGACAAGAAAACAAGGCAACUGCUGCAAAUUCAGAAAACAAUUUACAAUCAACUUUUACAAGUCAAUAUCAACAAUCUGGGACAGUCGGCCUAUUUAAUACUCCAAUAACACAAUCCCAAUUAUUUGCUGAUGCUCCACUAAUGCAAAAUAUUGAUAAAGAACCUCCAUCUACAGAUACACAGCUCUAUUCAUUAAUGAGUGCAAAUAAGUCUGAUAAUAUGAUUUCUAGCUCUGAAUGUUUUGACAAAGAAGAUCAAUUAAAUAUUAACAGCAAUGCGCAAAGUAAGGAGCAAGACAUACAUAAUGAGAGUAUAAAAUCCCAAGAUAAUUAUUUUACUGAUAAUAGCUUACAUAAAUUUAGUGACUUCUCAGAAUCAAGUGACAAAGACGAGGAGUUUUGUCAGUCUAAAUACGAUCAAGAUUUCUACCAACCGAAAUAUGAAGGAGCACCGUUAAGCUUUGUUGGCUGUGAAAAGAAAGAAGCCAAAGCUGAACAAAAAUCUCUGAUCGCAGAGCAUCAAGUUAAACCAACUGACAUUUUUCAGUCAAUGCCAAGUUUGGGCAUUAAUGAUUUUAAAGAUUUGUGUAUUCCUUUUAGUAUUGAACAGAGUUUUAAUUCAGGCGAUUCAAACACGAAAUCGGGAACUGAAAAAAUCGAUGAUAAAUCAAAGGACACGAAUGUUUCAACACAACCGCUUCUAUCAUACUUUCAACAGACUUCAAAUGAAAUUUCUGCGUCAUUAUUUUCUCAAGCAACAAGCUCUUCCGUGCCGGUCACUAAUAUUGAUGUAUUACAUUCAAAGAAAGAUAGUGCAGUCGAAGGUAUAGAAAAUCAAGUUUCGGAAUUAAAUAUUUGCGAAACAUGUCGGGAAGUAAAUAAACCGGAAGUGGAAGAGAAGGAAGUUGAAGAUUUAACUACGCAAUUAAUUGAAAAUAUAACUGCUCCCAUACAGUUGCUGAAUCCAGUUGGUGGGCUCACUGACUCAACAUUUUCAGAGACUCCAGUCCCUGAAAAUAUCAUUGAAAAUAUUAAACCUGUUAUCGAGUUACUAGAAGAUGACAGUCCGGCGCCCGCGUACGGUUGGUCAGUUGAAGAUAGUUACGAGCCUAAUGCUACGGCUGAUCACACAUAUAGCCAAACGCACACAGAAUCAAAUAUAUCAAGCUUCUUUCAAAAUAAAUCUCUUUCGUAUGAAAAUAUCCCAAAAAAUGCUAGCGAUGAGAUUAAAGCUGAGUAUCAAAGCUCUCAAGAUGAUUAUUCUAAUCUUCUCCGCCAGCUCGGCUUACCGAACGCACCUGCCGAUGAUGAGACAAAAUCCGAUGAAGGCUGCAUUGACGUUCACUCUAUAGAACAAGAUGCUAAAAACGAUUUUCCUAUUUACGACGAAUUCACAAUCGAACCGUCUGAAACCGAUGACGAUAAAAUUGAGACAAUGGAACGUACCAGAAGCUUUGAAGAGCCAAGCGAGGAGCCUCCUGUAGAACCUGAAUCUUUUACACAUAGAGUUGAAAGAUACAAGCGUUUGGAGACAGCGGUUGAUGCGACUGAAAAUGUAUUCGAUAUACACAAAGACACGAAGCCGCUAAAUGUUCCGACAUCGAUAAGUCCAGCAAUAACUAUCGCAUCAUAUUUCGAUACCGGAAACUAUGCCGUAGAGACACACUAUAAAAACUCAUUAACCUCACCGACAGACAUAAAUACAUAUAAUUUUGAUUCACAACCGUCCAUGUCCAUUCCCCCUGGGUUUGAAGAAGAAUAUAAAAGAAGAAUGAGCGGCACGGGUCGCACGCUCUAUUCGGGAUCAAAUAUUAUACAAUCUUCGAACAUUAUAUCAGAUAACAGGACGCAGACUUCGGUUUCAACGCUAUCCGAAUACACCGAAAGUCCAAAAACGUGUGAUAACCAGACGGAAGAAAUUGAAGAGUUGAAAAAUGAACCUGUCGAGUCUGAAAGACUUCCGGCUUUCGCCAACAUAGUUAAAUCGCAGCCGGAACCAUCAGAGUCUAUAUCACAAGCUGUAAAAGACGUUAAUAAAAGUCAAUUAAAUGUUCAAGAGGAAAAGAAGCCUCUGGAAGAUCCGAUUAGCUUCUUUUCCGCUCCAGAACCAACCGAGCAGCCCGAUGCCUACAGCAACUUCAGUAGACUAUCCAGUUACUUUGCCACGCCGAGUAAACCUGAUCAUUCGAAGUCUUUUUUUGAGUUGAGCGAAUCACAAAACCAUUAUAGGCAUAACCAAACGGCGAACAAAUCUGAAGCUAUAGAGAGUAGUGUAAAAACGUUUUUUAAAAAUAAAAUACCAGCAGCGAACAUUCCAAGUAGCUUAGCACAAACAGAUCUAGUUAACGACCUGACUUCAACAGCGUUUUUUAGCCCUAAAGAUGUAUUUACGACUGUAGGUUAUUGUACAGUGGAAUAUGAUGCCUGUUCUCCUGAUAAUGUGGGGAAACCAGAAAUUCCUUUGAAACGAGACAUAGGCGAUGAGAUAGAAAUCAAAAACGGUGUAGGUGAUACAGAUAUGGUAGGUAACAUAGAAAGUAUUAUUAAGAGAUGUAAAAUUUGCUGUGAUAUUACCGCCGGAGUUAGAAAAAUAGACGUGAACACGAAAUAUAUUAAAUUCAGAAAGUGUAUGGACGAAACGUUAAAUAAAUCUGACCAAAGUGGCGACGAAAAAAUGGCAACUAAAGAAGAAAAUAAAUCGGUUACUGUCAAUUUUCUAGACCACGCCUUGCACGAGGAACACAACGAUGAAGUGUCUUUGAUGGCAAAGAACCGUACAUCGGCAGAGUACUCCCCGGUGAAGUAUCACUGGUUCUACCAGGUGGACAGCGAGGACAAGUCCAACUGGCGAGGGUUCUCAGUCGCCGACUCCGCCGCACUGGAGAAUGCUUAUAACAGUCCGGAUCUCACUGCCAGCACGACCGUGCCGACGGACGGGGGUCGGUACGACGUGAACGUGGUCGGCCGUCUGCGUACCGCUGUCUACUGGCAGGACACGCCCACCAAUGUUAUAAGAUGCAGUUGGUUCUACAAAGGCACGACGGACGGGCGGUACGUGCCGUACUCUGAAGAAGUUUCGGAGCUCCUGGAGGACGAGUACCGACACGGCGUCCGCACGGGCGAGUGGCACCGGCGGCUGCUGCUGCCGGACGGCGCGGUUGUGGUGAUGCACGGCCCCACCGUCAUGGUGCACUUCCACAGCGCCGCGCAGGACCUUGCCGCCGCCGCCCAGGCCUUACCGUACUCUGAGAACCAAUCUCUCGGCAAACCAGUAUACCGGAACCCACCGAAACAAGUCCGUUUCGCAGAAGACCAAUGCCACCGGAUAGACCAUCUGGUGUUGAUGGUCCACGGAGCCGGAGAACUUAAACAGCAUCCGAGACAAUCAGCAGUCCGCACGUGGGUGGUGCGACGAGGCUCCGACGAGGCCGACAUAGACGAGACGGAGCCGGCCGACGUCGACCACCUGCUGUUCCUGUGCCACGGCGUCGGCUCCGCCUGCGACAUGCGCUUCCGGCCCGUCGAGAAAGUGGUGGACGACUUCAGGGCGACUAGCCUGCAGCUGAUCCAGUCCCAUUACAAGAACUCGUACGAGAGCGGCACCGUCGGCAGGAUCGAAGUGCUGCCGAUCUCGUGGCACUGGCGGCUGCACUCGGGCGAGACGGGCGUGGACCGGCGGCUGGCGGCGGUGACGCUAGACAGCAUCCCGCGCCUGCGCGCCUUCACCAACGACACCAUACUCGAUGUGCUGUUCUACACCAGCCCCGUCUACUGUCAGACGAUAGUGGACACGGUGUGCGGCGAGCUGAACCGCAUCUACGCGCUGUUCCGCGCCCGCAACCCGCGCUUCCGCGGCGGCGUGUCGCUCGGCGGACACUCGCUCGGCAGCGUCAUACUCUACGACCUGCUGUGCCAUCAGACGGAGAAGCCGCAGGAGUGUCCGAGCAAGCGGUACGUGUCGGGCGCGGCGGGCACCGGCCAGCCCACCGUGCGCUACCCCGCGCUAGACUUCAGCCCCGACGCGCUGUAUGCCCUUGGCAGUCCCAUCGCGAUAUUCGAGUGUAUUCGCGGAGUGGACGUCCUGGGACAGGACUUCAAACUGCCCACCUGCAAGAACUUCUUCAACAUCUUCCAUCCCUACGACCCUAUAGCUUACAGAAUAGAACCAAUGAUAAACCCGGUGCUGCGUGACGUGAAGCCACUGCUCAUCCCCCACCACAAGGGUAGGAAGAGGAUGCAUCUCGAGCUAAAGGACACGAUGGCUCGCGUGGGCGCCGACAUCAAGCAACGCGUGAUAGAGACCAUCAAGAGCACUUGGUCCUCGGUGUGGAAGACCGCGCCGCCGCCCACCGACCACCAGCUGGAGAAGGUAGUUGAAGAAGAGUUGGAGAAGGAACAGCUAACCGAGGAACCCAAGGAAGACAAGAGUUGCGACGUCCAGCAGGCUCUCCCGGAGAUGCUCGGUCAGCUGAACGGCGGGCGGCGCGUGGAUCACGUGCUGCAGGAGGCGCCCCUCGAGAUGAUCAACGAGUACCUGUUCGCCAUGAGCAGCCAUGUUGGCUACUGGGAGUCGGAGGACACGAUGCUGUUGAUCCUGCGUGAGAUAUACGACGCGGUGGACGUGCGGCCCGACGCCGCGCUGCCGCAGCCCAACAUGACCGUCGAGCGGACGCGCCGACCCCAGGACAGUCCAGUUCACUCAGACGCUUCAACUAGUCGAAACGCAUCGUGAGGAUAACAAAUAAACAUAAUAUUAUAACUUUGUAACUGUUCGACCAAUAUAGAUAGAGAAAUUAAUUAUUGUAUAGCUAAAUAAAUCUUAGGCCAGACUUCAAAUAAACGUAUACUCUGUUUUAAAUUCAUUUUGAUCUAAAAAAAAAUAAUGUAAUGUUGUGAUUAUUAUUAAAUCGAUUUUUGACUCGUCACUUGAUAUAAACAAACCUCUUAAUGACAACUGACAAGUCAAAAUUACUAUUGGCCAACCCACGCAAAUAUAAUUUCGAAUAAUGCUGUCUUACUCACACAUUUAUUACGUCCAAUGUGCGAGCAAAACAAUCGAUAAAAUUGGCACAUAAAAAGAGGUUGAUGUUUUAAAAACAUUGGCCUAUAUUAAGCAGAUCUGGCUAUUAAUUUGUUUAUGUAAUAUAAUCUUGGAAUGUAUAUUAUUAUAAUAGAUCUGUGAUUGUGAUUAGAACAAAAAAUACUUUCCGAAAUAAAACGCAGUAUGCGGGCUUUGAUGCCAUAUUGAACUGGUGUGCCAAUAGUGAGACAAGUGUGACGUAUUAGUAUGACAUCCCAACAAAGUCUUAUUAAACACGUCAAUGCACUGGCGUAUAUUAUGGAACAAAACAAUAUGGCGUCGAUUCUAGACGUCACGAACAUUGACCGGUAUGCUGGAUUAUAUUCGGAACAUACCCAAGGGCCAAGAUUAAAUUCUGUUUUACUGACCUUGUAUUGAAGCUAUGUAUAUUAUUGUUAUACAUACUUACUUUGAUCUAAUUUAAAUUCCACUAUACUUUAAAAGGUAUGAAUAUAUUUAUUUUCUUAUUACUUCUAAAUGUAAAAAGUAUUAGAUUCAAUAAUAAAAAUACGAGUAAAAAUGUUAUAGCAAUAAGUAAUUUACAAGGUGAAGAUGUAUCACAAAAAAAAACAAUUAAAUAAAAAAAUGGUUCCCAGCUGUCAUUCCCGUAUGGAAAUAUCAUAACCCAUUUUUUUGCUAUUUUAAAUGAUUUGCAGAGAUGUCU